GUCUUGAAAGCUUAUAGUCUUCUAGUGAUCUUAUACUUUUAGACCUACAAAUGGCUGAAGACGAGCAGGAAUAUUAUGGUUAUUUUUAUGGAGAGGAAGAUAAAGGGUUGCUUGACCCCGCGUGGGAAAAGCAACAGAAAAAGACUUUUACGGCCUGGUGUAACUCGCACUUGAGGAAAUCAGGAAAGGCUAUCGAAACGAUGGAAGAAGACUUCAGAGAUGGGGUUUUACUAUUACUUCUUCUAGAAAGCCUUUCUGGGGAUAAGUUAACUGCAGAAAGGGGAAAGCUACGUUUUCAUCGUAUUGCAAAUGUUAACAAGGCAUUGGAUUUUGUAGCGUCUAAGGGAGUGAAACUGGUCUCUAUUGGUGCUGAAGAAAUCGUGGAUGGCAAUCUUAAGAUGACAUUGGGUAUGAUCUGGACAAUUAUUCUGCGGUUUGCUAUUCAAGAUAUUGCAAUCGAAGAUUCAUUUGCCAAAGAUGGAUUGCUACUCUGGUGCCAGAGAAAGACAGCUCCUUACAAGAAUGUCAAAGUUACGAACUUCCAUACCAGCUUCAAGGAUGGUCUUGCAUUCUGUGCCUUGAUUCACCGGCAUAGGCCUGAUUUGAUCGAGUAUGAAAAGCUAAGGAAGGAUGAUCCGAUGACAAAUUUGAACACAGCUUUCGAUGUUGCAGAAACUCAUCUUGAUAUUCCAAAAAUGUUGGAUCCUGAAGACAUGAUAGAUAAUGAAAGACCGGAUGAACGUGCUGUGAUGACGUACGUCUCCUCAUACUACCAUGCGCUGACCAGUUCCCAACAGGCUGACACAGCUGCCAAGAGGAUUGGUAAAGUUUUGACCAUCAACCGUGACAAUGAGAAAAUGAUGGAAGAUUAUGAGACCUUGGCAAGCGAUCUUAUGGACUGGAUCAACAAGACGCUUCCUCGAUUCAAAAACAGGGACAGUGAUGGUACUCUGGCUGAUAUGCAGAAAAAGCUAGAGGAGCUAAGGAACUACAGAGGAGGAGAAAAACCUCCCAAAGUGGAAGAUAAAGGAGCUCUGGAGACCAACUUCAACACUCUUCAAACUAAACUAAGACUGAGCAACAGACCUGCAUUCCUUCCCACUGAAGGCAAAAUGAUCAACGACAUCAAUGAUGCUUGGGGAAAUCUGGAAGCUGCAGAGAAGGACUUUGAAGACUGGCUGCUAACAGAGAUGAGAAGAAUGGAACGAUUAGACCAUUUGGCACAAAAGUUUAAGCAUAAGUGCGAUAUCCAUGAGGCUUGGACAGAUGGUAAAGAUGUAACUCUUUCCAGAGAUGACUUUUCUGAUGCUUCACUGCCUGACAUUUUGGCUUUGAUGAAGAAGCAUGAAGCAUUUGAAAGUGAUCUAGCUGCUCACCAAGACAGAGUGGACCAGAUUGUUGCCAUUGCACAAGAGCUCAAUGCAUUAGAGUACAGUGAAAUUGACAAAGUCAAUUCCAGAUGCCAGAAAAUCUGUGACAACUGGAAAGACCUUGGUGAACUGACCAUGCAUCGUCUUCAAAAGCUUGAGGAAACGGAGCAAUGUCUUCAGCAACUUGACAAUCUCCGUCUGGAGUUUGCAAAGAAAGCUGCUCCUUUCAACAACUGGCUUGAGAGUGCAAGAGAAGAUCUCAUGGACAUGUUCAUUGUUCACACAGUAGAAGAAAUUCAGGAACUGCUUGAUGCCCAUGAAGCUUUCAAGGCCAAUAUGCCUGCAGCUGAGAAUGAGUAUCAGGCAAUCAUAGAAAUAGCUGAACAAAUCAAACAGCUCAGCUCACAGGAUAAUCCUUACACUUCUCUGACAGGCGAGGAUAUUAAAACAGCAUGGAAUGAAGUACUAAAUCUUGUACCCCAGCGUGAUGCUUCUUUGAGAGAAGAGAGAUCAAAACAGGAGCGAAAUGAAACCCUUCGUAUUGACUUUGCCAAAAAAGCCAAUGUGGUUGGACCUUGGAUUCAGCAACAGGGAGAAAACCUCCGUUCAAUUGGCUUCCACAUGACAGGCACCCUAGAGAAAAAUCUCGGCCUCCUUCAAGAGCUAGAAACUCUUAUCGCCAACUACAAGCCCAACAUGGAUGAACUUGAAGCAAUCAACCAGCAAGUACAACAAGCUCUUAUCUUUGAAAACACCCAUACCAAGUACACCAUGGAGGCUCUCCGUAUUGGCUGGGAACAACUUCUUACAGCCACGGCAAGAAACAUAAAUGAAGUAGAGAACCAGAUUUUGACGCGAGACUCAAAGGGAAUCACAGAAGAACAAAUGAAAGAAUUCCGUGCAUCCUUCAACUUCUUCGACAAGGAUGAAAAUGGCAAACUGGAAAAACACGAAUUCAAACAGUGUCUUGUUAGUUUAGGAUACAACGUAAAGGAGGGCGAAAAGGGCGACAAAGAGUUUGAGCGUCUGAUGACCAUUGUAGAUCCUAAUAAUACAAAGAAGGUAACCUUCCAGGCGUUUGUAGACUUUAUGACGAGAGAAACUGCCGACUCUGAUACCGCAGAACAAGUCAUGGAAUCUUUCAGGAUUCUCGCUGGAGACAAGGCUUACAUCACUGCUGAGGAACUUCAACGCGAGUUACCACCCGACCAGGCUGAGUACUGUAUUGCUCGCAUGGCACCCUAUGAGGGCAAGGAUGCUGUCCCAGGAGCUUUAGAUUACAUGUCCUUCUCCACGGCACUUUAUGGAGAGAGUGACCUUUAAUGAUACCAAAUUACGACCCUUUCCCGUCUGCCUUAACUAGCCCCCUUAAUUACCUAAAAAUCUCAGACAGGUGACGUUGCUAGGAAUCUAGAUAUUCAUAAAUUUUUUAUAUCUAAUUCUGAUAGUUUGGUAAUGAUAAUAAAAAGUGCAUAGGAGUACGCAAAAGAUUUAUUUGGCAGACUACUUAAUCCUUGGUUUACAGUAUUCCUUGAUAAAUCAAUGAUAAACGUUUGGCAGCUAUGUUGGAUGACGUCAUCAAACAUGGCUACCAUGACGUCACAUGCAAAUCAAGAGAUGAACUAUAAAAAUAAUCAAACCUUUUAAAAAAACUUAUUUUUGUCUUUCGUAGAAACGGAUUCCCCUUCACAGAGAUUUUAAAAUAUUUUUGCGAAAUAUGAAAACAUCAUUAUCACGUUUUAGACAAAUUGGAUCUUUAGUUGUACACUUUUGAACUUGCCAAACUCUAUUGUAGUCUUAUAACAAACUACAACAUAUAUAUUAUUUGAACUCCUUGUUAAUCUGUAUUACGGUCCACAUUUCUCAUCUGAAUCCUGUUGCAGAAAUAAUCUUCUUGUCAUUAGAAAACUACACUCAGAUCUAGAAUUGUGUAACAUUCACUAAGUCGUAGGUUGUUCAAUUUGGUCACGAAAGGAUUGAAAAACCUGGUAAGAAAUCUUGCAGUAUUCGUUACAAAAACAUCGCAUUAUUUUGUAUCACAACUUAAUAAAUCUUUCGUUACUUGACCCUCGUAACCAUAACUCAUAAGUGUCUAGAGCCUAGAAGUGUGACAAUACAAGGAAAAGUAAUGGUAAAAUGGAAGAAUAGUUUGUAAUUUAAUAAAAGAUAAAAACGCAGUUAUUAUUUUGUUCUAGUUUGAGAGUAAUUAGUACUGGUGUAUGUGUGAAGGUUGUCUCUGGACUGACUGAUGGGGAAAUCUCUUCUUCCCAAUAAACAUUUUAUAUCUA